CCAACCCUCUGUCAUUCUGAAGAGCUUUUACUAAGAACUAUACUCUCAUACCCUGAUCCGUUAUAGCCCGACCAGGCGACGGAGCUCCAGCGAAAUAGAAGAGAAGACAGGAUUUACCGGUUUUCGAGUCGAGGGCUGUUUUUGUAUCGCCAGUUCAUUUCAAAUAAUCGCAGUCUCGCCCAAGAGGACUGACAACAUUUCAGUACUUUUUCUACAAUCUUAUCGACACUGCCAUCUCCAUUGUCUAGAGUCUGGGGUCACGAGGCAUCACCUCCAAAUAUUUGUAUCUCAAGAUAAAAGGCAUCAUCCAUUAUUUUUACAGACGAAUAACAGUGAAAGGCAGAAUUGCUCAGCAUCACAAUUUUGACAGAGACAGAUUUUACUCAAUUUGUUUUCGGGGAUUUCAAAGUAGAUACUAAAUGAAGAAACAUUUAACACGGUGAGAUGCUCCAUGAAAGAAAUUACAGAAAGACACGCGGAUAAAGUAAAGAGUUGGACAGUUUGUAAAGGACAAGGAUCUUCUUUCUGGAGCUGUCAAGUUAACACGGACUUGUGUCUAAGUCGAAACUGAAAAUGAUGCUGAGUCCGGAACAAACUGAUUCAGAUCUUCCGUGGAGCCAGUCAGACGCUGAAACAAUGCUGAACGAUAUCAAGGUUGGCUGCAUCACGGACGAGCCCAUGGAGGGAGAGGGCAAGACAAAGUCUCUGGCCCCGCAAGCCCUCAGCAGGGAGGAAAAGAGGAGGCGCAGGCGCGCCACAGCGAAAUACCGUUCAGCCCACGCCACCCGCGAGAGAAUCCGGGUCGAAGCCUUCAACGUUGCCUUUGCCGAAUUGAGAAAGCUGUUGCCUACACUGCCCCCUGACAAAAAACUGUCCAAGAUUGAAAUUCUGAGACUAGCUAUUUGUUACAUUUCAUAUCUAAAUCAUGUGUUAGAUGUUUAGAACAGGUCCCUUUUCAUGAUGAGUAACGCACUCCAAGGACACAUGGGGACCUGUCUGCAGCAAACAACACGGUAUCCCAUUUUUUGCAGUUUGCAACUCUUUGCGCUUCCUACAUUGGAAGUGCAAUUGGAAGAGAUUGAAACCACAUAAGAUGGCUAUCACCCAAGUGUUCAUUAGACUUUAGACAGGUAUUCAUAAAUUUUAAUGAGAUAGACUAUAGCUUAGAGCGAAGAGAAUACCCUCUUCAACCAAAAAUGGUGAUUGCUCAAAGAGUCGUGAACCAUUUAAAAGACUGUGGUCCCUGCUUUAAGCUAUAUACAGUAUAAAUGAUGCAAUAAGGUCGAGAGGGACUUAAAACAAAUCGAAUAACCUAUGUUGUUAUUUGUGUAUAUGGACAGACCAGUGUAUAGCCUUUUUAUAGCAGGUCAAAGUACAGAGAAAACCCGUUGCAUCACUCUGUAGAACAGUGAAGAAUAAACCAGCCCCUCUCCUCCUCUAAUAGCUGCUGAGUAGAUCUAGUUAGUAGUUGUUUAAUCUGGAGGAAAUGACGUAAAAGUGCCACUCGAAUUAUGACAUCGUGACCAUAACACUCGCAUUUAAAUAUUUAUUUGUUAUUUAUGAUAUACUUGUUGAAUAUAUUUUAAUAUGAUUCAUGUCAUUUUUUUAUUUGUUGAAAGAUUGUUGUUUAGAUUAAUGUACGUUGGUUGUAUGUAGCUUAAAGAAAAGUUACCGUGUGUGUUAGACCUUAUCAUUCAGUAAUGAUGAGAUGAAAAUAUUAAGCAUCAACUUGCACCUUUAGUGUUAAUUGAUUUGAUAUAUCUAUAUAUUUUGUGAUGCAGUUAGAUAAGUUGGCUGUUUUUGCUCAUCAGUUUGUCAUGCAUUAGAACAACAAAUUCAUUACAAAAAAAAAAAAAAAACCUUUUUAAAUAACAGCCAUUUUAAUCAAUGGUCUAUUAAUGUCAUUUGAAUUGUAGACCUAUGAUUUAUGAAA